AUGGCUGACAUCAAGGUGAAGCUCAGGUGCUCUCAGGAACAGUUUGUGGACAUGCUGCAGAAGUACUACACUCAGCAGUUGGUUCAGCUUGAGGAUCCUGAUGCUGUGCCUGAUUGGGUGAUGCUCAGUUUCAGGAAUGAACUCAGUCAGAUCUUCAAAGACUUCAAGGGUUACCCAAAGAUCACUCAGGGGCAAUGGAUUAGGAUUCUCAAGACAGCUCUUCAGGAUGCUCAGGAUGGUUGGCCAUCAGAGUGUAUCCCUCUUCCUCAGCCUGCCCAGCCUGCCCAACCUGCUAAGUCUGAUACAUUUGAUGCUACCCUCAGCAAGUUUCAGGAUAUGGAAAAGGAGUUGAAUGCACAGCCUGACCAUGAGGUGAUGGAGGUGCCUGACAAGGUUUUGUGGACUCAGAAGGGUGGCAAAGGGCGCUACCAGCUUCAGCCCAAUGAUCCACCUCAGGAACACAAUGGCUGGUCUCAGGAAGUGGUUCAAAGAUAUUACACUGAGGUGCUCAGAAUGGACCCAUUGCCUUGGGGUGCAUUUGUAGCUCCUCAGUUCAGACAAGCUCAGUUCAAGCCUCCUGAGCCUGAUCCACCAGCUGGAUUCUCAGCAGCAACUGCUUCUUCAUCAACAGGGAAGGGCUCAGGCAGACCUCAUCAGCCCUUCAAUGUGCUAGAUGCUGCUUUAUCAAAUAUGCAGAGAAGCUCAGUUUGGAAGCCUCAGCCUAUCAGGACUGCCAAUGAUGCUCAGGGCUAUGUCAAGUCUGAGCUCCAAAAGCUGAACAUCAAUGAGAUUGACAAGCUCCUGGACAGCUCAGAAUCAGAUCAGAAGCUCAGUGACUUGGACAAUGUACCUGACCUGAUUGAGGACAUGAAGUCCAAGAUUCUUCUACUUGAGCAGGCACUUGAAUCUCAGGAGCUCACAAUGCUUAGGCUCAGGCAACAUGCUAAGAACAUGGAAGAGGAGCAAGGUGAGCUCAGGGCUUUGCAUGCUGAGCUUCAACUCUCAGUGAAAAGAUCUCAGUCCUACUGGGAGCAGAAGCUGUCUCAGGAUCUUCUGAAUAAGGUGGUGGCUCUGACAGCUGAGAUGGCUGACAUCAAGGUGAAGCUCAGGUGCUCUCAGGAACAGUUUGUGGACAUGCUGCAGAAGUACUACACUCAGCAGUUGGUUCAGCUUGAGGAUCCUGAUGCUGUGCCUGAUUGGGUGAUGCUCAGUUUCAGGAAUGAACUCAGUCAGAUCUUCAAAGACUUCAAGGGUUACCCAAAGAUCACUCAGGGGCAAUGGAUUAGGAUUCUCAAGACAGCUCUUCAGGAUGCUCAGGAUAUGGAAAAGGAGUUGAAUGCACAGCCUGACCAUGAGGUGAUGGAGGUGCCUGACAAGGUUUUGUGGACUCAGAAGGGUGGCCAAGGGCGCUACCAGCUUCAGCCCAAUGAUCCACCUCAGGAACACAAUGGCUGGUCUCAGGAAGUGGUUCAAAGAUAUUACACUGAGGUGCUCAGAAUGGACCCAUUGCCUUGGGGUGCAUUUGUAGCUCCUCAGUUCAGACAAGCUCAGUUCAAGCCUCCUGAGCCUGAUCCACCAGCUGGAUUCUCAGCAGCAACUGCUUCUUCAUCAACAGGGAAGGGCUCAGGCAGACCUCAUCAGCCCUUCAAUGUGCUAGAUGCUGCUUUAUCAAAUAUGCAGAGAAGCUCAGUUUGGAAGCCUCAGCCUAUCAGGACUGCCAAUGAUGCUCAGGGCUAUGUCAAGUCUGAGCUCCAAAAGCUGAACAUCAAUGAGAUUGACAAGCUCCUGGACAGCUCAGAAUCAGAUCAGAAGCUCAGUGACUUGGACAAUGUACCUGACCUGAUUGAGGACAUGAAGUUCAAGAUUCUUCUACUUGAGCAGGCACUUGAAUCUCAGGAGCUCACAAUGCUUAGGCUCAGGCAACAUGCUAAGAACAUGGAAGAGGAGCAAGGUGAGCUCAGGGCUUUGCAUGCUGAGCUUCAACUCUCAGUGAAAAGAUCUCAGUCCUACUGGGAGCAGAAGCUGUCUCAGGAUCUUCUGAAUAAGGAAGCUCUGAGAAAGUUCAUGGAAACUCAUCAAAUGAGUGAACUAGAUCUCAGGCAGCUGAUGCAAAAGUCUCCUCAGAUUGAUCACAAGCCUCAGGACUCAGUGAAGGAAGUUGUGGAUGUAUAA